GCAGGAUAAAUACUGGGAUUGCAUCUGCCUCUUGGCCCUCCUGAUCACUAUGGAGGGGAGAGCUUUCUAUCUGGUAGCUGCCCUUGUGGUUUGCUUCCCGGCUUCUUCCCACAGCCAAUUAUACACCCUCAUCACCCCGAAUGUUGUGCGAGCAGAGACUGAAGAGCGGAUUGUGGUGGAGGCCCAUGGACUCAACGUUCCAACAGAGGUCACAGUCUCUGUCUAUGAUUUCCCACAGAAGAAGAACGUCUUGUACAUGGUCAAAGCUGCCCUGAACACAAAUAAUAACAUGUUGGCAUCUCCUUCCAUAAAGAUUCCAGCAAAAGACCUAAAGAAGGAUUCCAAGAAAAACCAGUAUGUGAUCAUCCAUGCUACCAGUGCUCAAUUCACAAUGGAGAAAGUGGUUCUGGUCUCCCCUCAGAGUGGAUAUAUCUUUCUCCAAACAGAUAAAACCAUCUACACACCUGGAUCGGCAGUGCGCUAUCGUGUCUUUUCCCUGGGUCACAACCUGGAGCUUAUGGAUAAAACUGUGAUCACUGAGUUUAAGACACCAGAAGGCAUUGUUGUCAGUCAGAAUUCUAUCAAGCCUACUUCAACAAACAUCCAGCCUUACAACUUACCUGAGACUGUCAGCCUGGGAACCUGGCAAGUUGUGGCCAAGUACGAAGACUCUCCGGAGUUCACCUUCAGCACACCUUUUGAUGUCAAAGAAUAUGUGUUGCCAAGCUUUGAAGUCACACUGAAUCCCUCAGAGACAUUUUUAUACAUCGAUGACAACAAGGAUUUCAGAGUGUCUAUCACUGCAAACUUUCUCUAUGGAAAGAAAGUAGAAGGUGUGGCUUUUGUCAUCUUUGGAGUGAAAAUAGAUGAUGAGAAAAAGAGCAUUCCAGACUCACUCAAGAGAAUUCCGAUCGUUGAAGGAGAUGGAGAAGCAGUACUAACAAAAGCCAUGUUGCGGACCAAAUUUCGCAACCUCAAUGAGCUCAUUGGGCAUUCUCUCUAUAUCUCUGCAACAGUGAUGACAGAUUCAGGCAGUGACAUGGUGGUAGCUGAACGUACCGGCAUUAGCAUCGUGACAUCUCCCUAUCAGAUCCACUUCACAAAAACCCCCAAGUACUUCAAGCCAGGAAUGCCUUAUGAACUGAUGGUCUAUGUCACCAACCCUGACGGCUCUCCAGCUGACCUUGUCCCUGUGGUGUCAGAGCCCAUUCGUGUGGAAUCAACUACCCAGAGUGAUGGAACUGCCAAGCUGAUCCUGAAUGUACCAGCUAACAGUCGAGAGCUAAGAAUCACUGUAAGAACCAAACACGAGAGAUUGCCAGAGGAACGCCAGGCAGUCAAGACCAUGGUGGCUACUGCCUAUGAAACACAGGGAGGAUCAGGAAACUACCUCCAUCUUGCAGUCACAGCUGUAGAGCUGCAGGCUGGAAGCAACUUGCCCAUCAAUUUCAAUGUGAAAGGCAACAGCCAAGCAGUGCUGGACCAGAUCCACUAUUUCACCUACAUAAUCUUGACUAAGGGAAAGGUGUUCAAGGUUGGGAGGCAGAACAGGGCACCUGGACAGAAUCUGGUGAGCAUGUCUCUGCCCAUCACCCCGGAUCUCAUCCCCUCCUUCCGCUUCUUGGCUUACUAUGUGCUGGGGAACAACGAGCUCGUGGCUGACUCUGUCUGGGUGGACGUGAAGGAUACCUGUAUGGGGACGCUGGUUGUGAAAGGAGCAACUGAGAGAGACAAUCGAAUUCAUGAGCCAGGAGCUCAGAUGAAGAUCAAACUGGAAGGGGAUGCAAAUGCUCGGGUCGGCCUGGUGGCUGUGGACAAGGGAGUCUACGUCCUUAACAAGAAGCACAAGCUUACCCAAGCUAAGGUGUGGGACACAGUGGAAAAGAGCGACAUCGGCUGCACGGCUGGCAGCGGCAGGAACAAUUUAGGCGUGUUUGAGGAUGCCGGACUGGCCCUGGAGACCAACGUCAAGCUUUCCACGAAGCAAAGAUCAGAGAUAAAGUGUCCCCAACUCGCAAGACGGAAACGUAGCUCCAUACAACUCUUGGAGACGAAGCAAAACAAAGCUGCCCAAUAUCAGGAUCAGCAGCUAAGAAAAUGCUGCGAAGAUGGAAUGCGCGAUAAUCCUAUGGGACACAGCUGUGAAAAGCGUACUCGGUACAUUGAUGAUCAGCAUGUUCCAGAGUGCCAGAACGUCUUCCUGGAAUGUUGCCACUACAUCAGGGACAUACGGCAUACCCUGCAACGGGACGAUCAGCUCUUCCUUGCAAGAAGUGAAACAGAGGAUGAGUUCCUAUCUGAUGAGCAGAUUGUCUCCAGGACGGAGUUCCCAGAGAGCUGGUUAUGGCAAAUGGAGCAUCUGACAGCACCUGCCAACGAUCAAGGGAUUUCAUCCAAGGUGGUACCUUUUUACCUGAAGGAUUCCAUCACAACCUGGGAGGUGUUGGCUGUGAGCAUUUCAGACACAAAAGGGAUCUGUGUGGCUGACCCUUAUGAGAUAACAGUAAUGAAGGACUUCUUUAUUGAUCUACGGCUGCCCUACUCAGUGGUGAGGAAUGAGCAGGUGGAGAUUCGGGGUGUUAUUUACAACUACGUGGAGAGAGACAUCAAGGUGCGGGUGGAGUUGAUACACAACCCAGCCUUCUGCAGUGCUUCUACUGCCAAGCAAAGAUACCAACAUGUGUUGAAUAUUAAAGGAAUGUCCUCCAUCGCUGUGCCAUUUGUGAUUGUCCCAUUGAAGAUGGGAUUGCAUGAUGUCGAGGUCAAAGCAGCAGUCUGGGGACAGUAUGUGUCUGAUGGUGUGAAGAAGAAGCUGAGAGUUGUGCCUGAAGGAAUGAAGAGAAAGAUUGUGAAUGUUAUUGAGUUGGAGCCAGCUGUAAAAGGAGUCAAUGGAGUCCAGCAACAGAAAGUUGAUGCUAAAUUAUUAGAAAAUAUGGUUCCUGACACAGAACCUGACACCAAGAUCACUGUCCAAGGAGACCCCGUGGCUCAGAUUAUUGAGGAUUCGAUUGAUGGGACCAAACUGAACCAUCUUAUCAUAACCCCUUCUGGCUGUGGGGAGCAGAACAUGAUCACUAUGACACCCUCAGUUAUCGCCACCAUCUAUCUUGACGCCACAGGGCAGUGGGAGAAGAUUGGAGUGGAUCGCAGAUCUGUUGCAGUCAACCAGAUCAUGCAAGGUUACACCCAGCAGUUGGUAUACAAGAAAGCAGACCACUCUUAUGCUGCAUUUACGGGCCGCAAGGCUAGCACCUGGCUAACAGCAUAUAUUGUGAAGGUCUUUUCCAUGGCUUCCAGAAUUGUAAAUACUGUUAAUCGUGAUAUCAUUUGUGGAGGUGUGAAGUGGUUGGUUCUGGAAAGGCAAAAACCAGAUGGGAUUUUCCAUGAAGAGGCCCCUGUGAUCCAUGGAGAGAUGGUGGGAGGCUAUAAAGGUGCUGAGCCAGAGGUCUCAUUAACAGCAUUCGUCCUGGUUGCAUUGCUGGAAUCCAAAGAGAUCUGCAAAGAUCAAGUCAAUAGCCUACCCGGUGCCAUCAACAAAGCAACUGCCUUCUUAUCCAGGAAGUAUGACACACUGCAAAGACCAUACACCACGGCUCUCACGGCCUAUGCUUUGGUCCUAGCAGGGCAGCUGAAGGAUGACAGAGUACUUAUGGCAGCAUCAACAGGUCGGAACCGCUGGGAAGAAUACAACGCUCGCACCUACAACCUGGAAGGCACCUCCUAUGCCUUGCUGGCCUUGCUGAAAUUAAGGUUGUUUGAUACUGCUGGUCCCGUUGUCAGAUGGCUGGUACAGCAGAAGUAUUAUGGGGGGACAUACGGACAGACUCAGGCAACCAUCAUGGUGUUCCAAGCUCUUGCAGAAUAUGAAAUGAACGUCCCCACUCAUAAAGACCUGAACUUGGAUGUUUCUAUUAAAUUGCCAGAACGUGCAGAGCCAGUUCGUUUCAGGAUUGACUACGAGCGUGCCCUUCUGUCUCGAACAACAGAGACCAAGCUCAAUGAUGGUUUCACUGUGCAAGCCUCAGGCCAAGGAAAAGCCACAAUGACUGUUGUGACAGAGUACCAUGAAAAACUCCGGGAGGAUGCAUCUCGGUGCAAGAAAUUCAAUCUUGAUGUUACUGUUAAAAUUCUCAACCUGUCAGAAAAGGAGGCAAAGGGAUCCAAGGGAGCAGUCUCAAUCAGAAUCUGUACCAGGUAUCUUGAUGAUAAAGUUGAUGCCACCAUGACCAUCAUUGAUGUUUCCAUGCUCACUGGCUUUGCACCUGAUACUGGCGACCUUAAGAGGCUAUCUGAGGGAGUGGACAGAUACAUCUCCAAGUUUGAAAUUGAUAACGUCGUAUCAGAAAGAGGGAAUGUCAUCAUUUACCUGGACAAGGUCUCUCACAGGGAGGAUGAAUGCCUGGAGUUUAAAGCUUACCAGUAUUUCUCUGUUGGUCUCAUUCAGCCAGCAUCAGUCCGGGUGUACAGCUAUUACAAUCUAGAUGAGCAGUGCGUCAAAUUCUACCAUCCAGAGAAAGGAAGUGGCCUCCUCAGUAAGAUAUGCCAUGGUGAUGUCUGCCGGUGUGCAGAAGAAAACUGCUCCUUGCUCAACAAACUAGAGCCUGCUGUUGAUCUACAGAUACGAACUACAUUAGCCUGCAAGCCAAAUGUGGAUUUUGUGUACAAAGCCAAGCUGACUGAAAUAAAAGAAGUAAAUGGUGAUGACAACUAUGUCAUGGAAGUUCUGGAAGUUAUUAAAGCAGGGAGUGACCCGGAUCCACAAGCCUCGCCUCGCAUAUUCAUUAGUCAGCUGAAGUGCAGGACAGCUCUGAAUCUGGAGCAGAACAAGGACUAUCUGGUCUGGGGUCCCAGUGCUGACAUGUGGCCCACAAAAAGCGGCAUCCAGUACAUCAUUAGCAAGGAUACCUGGAUUGAGAAAUGGCCAAACGAUGAAGAAUGCCAAGAUGAAGAAUUCCAGAACUUAUGCAAUGAUUUCAUCCACUUCUCUACUACGUUAUCCAUUUUGGGUUGCCAGGCCUAACUGGAAAAGAAAUACUUGAGCAUGUGACUUACAUCCAAUGGAGUUUUGAGUCAUUUUCAAAAUUCUUUCUUUUUUGAAAUUCCUGCUUCAUAUUAUUAUUACUGUCCCAUUUCCCCUCCAAAUUGUUUCUAUAAAACAAACAAGUGAUAUCUUAA